UCCGUCAUUUUAACAUGGAUCUAUAGAGGUUUCAAACCCAGUGGCUCUGGUGCAGUUUUAUCAUUAUCAUCAUCAUCAUCAUCAUCUUGUAUCUUUCCACAAGAUAGACGUCCAAGAGCAUGCCACUACAUGUCGACACACGAUCCUUCUUCCUAAUCUAGCCAUCACCCAUUAUUUUCGUCAGAACACCUAUUUAGAGGAACUACUAGACUCAGAAUAAUCUUUUUCUACAAAUAUGACCCACAAUGCAAAGGAUAAGCAAACUCAUGUGCAGUUUGCUUAUCGUUUGCACUGUGUCAGUUGUCUUAGUUAUGUUCUGUGUGACGGCUCGACUUGAAUGAACCAUUUAAGCAGCAGAAAAUAUAUUUUUGUUCUGCCAAUCUACGAUUAUGCAGCGCAUAAUAUAGGCUGAGAGUGAUGAAUAAAAAUAAAAAUGCGGUAGUGAAAACUCAAUACAUUUAGGUUUCUUUGCAUUUAAAAUUCAAUUAUUGGCAGUGAACCAAUGCGACAUAUGCGAUAUGGCACGGUUUACAUCGUCAGAGAUAUCUUUAUUUCUGACAGUCUUAAAAAUUAAGGAUGCGUCGUCAGCAAACAGUACAAUCUCACAUAUGCCACUGACAUGGUGUGGUAAAUCGUUAAUGUACACUAAGAAUAGAAAAGGACCCAAAUUUGAACCCUGUGGGACACCCAUUAUGGUAGUAGAACCGUGCAAAUUUAUGCAUACCUUUUGAGUUCUAUCACUGAGAUAAGAGGCAAUGAGAUCAAGUGCAACACUUUUAAUGCCAUUAACUUAAGUAAAAGAGUGUUAUGGUCAACACAAUCGAAUGCUUUGGGCAGAUCACAGAACACACCAAUAGCAUUCAUAAAACACUCCCAAGGUACACUUUAGGUACAAUUUUUGGACACAAUGCGUGCUUUAUAAUAGACGGUUGAACGUGGAUUCUGGUGUUUUUGGUAUUUUGAGAUUCAUCUCCUCCCAGAUAAAAAUUCAGAUGGAGAUACGGGCUUUGAGGCGUACCCUCCAAGCCUGAGUAUGGUGCGGGGGAUCUUGCUCCCCCCGCUCAUGUUCUUUCAUCCCCUUUCGGGUCUGAGGCCUGGCGAUCUAUGCGUCGUCCAGGGAUGCGGACUGCGAUGUUGUCGCCGUUUGCUGUCCUGCGAUGGAGCGGUUUCGAAUCCGGUAAGUGCGUCGUCUAUCUCGUCGCCAUCUUCAUCGUCGUAAGUGCCAGCGCCUGCAGGUUCGGCCACUAAUUAUUGGGAAUCAAUACUUUCGAUUACAUAAUAAAUCAGUAUAUGGCGUUUGUAAGUGAAGAAUAUCUUAACACCACACGUAAAUGUAAUUUGCCGCCAUGAUUAUUUUAUUAUGACCUGUAGUAUUACUGCGUCGUAAUUGAAGAGUAUGAUACUGGUUGCUAGUGUAAACCAGAUAGGUAGAGAGAAUGAUGGAUGUGACACGAAAAUAUUAUAAACGGGUAUUUACGGAUACCUAAUAUGCAUUUUGUCUAAGACAGUAUUUAGGUUAAUGAUUGGCAGAAAUAAUUGCAGGAUGUGCUUAGCGAGACAGUAAUGUUAUCGCGUUUGGCAACCUUGAAAUACAAAGUUUGAGAGAAAGUGGCAGUUACAGACAUUAAUUUCUUAUGUAAAUUUUGGAACUAGUUAUUUCUAUUAAUAUAAUAUUAUUGUUGUAAAUAUUAAGAAUUCACUUAUGAACUAUACUUUCCGGUUUUGCCCUACCAAGUAAAUUUAUUACUUGUAGAUCUUCAUGCUGCUUCAAUCAGUAACAGUAAGUGUUUUCACUUUGGUGAUUAAAUUAAACAGUUUUGCGGGUUUUGAGGAUUUGACUUAGGUACUGAAUAUCCUAUCAAAUCAAACAAUAGUAACAAAAAUAAAAACAUUUUUCAAUUUGAAGGUGUGAAGGAAGAAAAUUGCCGGUAAGUAUUAAUUUUUCACUUACAAUUUUUGUAGCGUUAUUCUGUAACAAUGUUCAUCACUUUGAAAGUGUGAACUUUGAACUCGUAUCUAUCUAUCUAUCUCUGAAUAUAGUAUUGUAAACUUUGUAAGUGAUAACAUCAGUUUUAUAUAGAUUUUACAAGAGACAAAAGAAUCCAUACAGACCACCAAUAAAUCAAAAAAAAAAAAUACUAUACUGUCUAUAUCAAUGGUCAAAAAGUCCCGUUAUAGCAGCUAAGUAUCUCGGAAUGACCCUUGAUAUACCUAAGCUUUGCUCGAAAACCCAUGUCAUGAAGAAAAGAACAGGACUUGAAGAAAACUGACUAGUACUUGGUAGAAAUUUCUUGCUGUCAAUACACAACAGGAUACUGCUAUAUAGACAAGUCCGUUUGGACCUAUGGAAUACAACUGUGGGGCUGUGUCAAAAAAGAGCAAUAUUCAAAUUAUACAAACAUUCCAGAACAAGGUACUCUACUACUAGGUAGGAACGUUGUGACGUUAUUCACCAGGAACUUAAAAUUGAAAACGUCGACAAAAUAAUUUAAAAAAUGUCUUAAGCUCAUGAACAAAGACUUCACCAUCACGUAAACAUCGAGGCAAUCCAGCUCGACGUUACGAAUACAGUGACAAGGCUUAAAGGGACCAAACCAUUUGAGUUAGUGUUAAGUGCUACAAGGAGGAUCAAGUGAACAAAGUGACUUAAAGUAAGUGUGAAAAAGUAAGAUUAAGUUAUUCGACAUUAUCUUAGAAUAAUAAUGAUAGCAGGCUCAGAAGUAGAUUACAAAAAUAAGAAAACCAAUGUCGAACAAAGGUGUAUUCACAAUAUUUGUCAUGACAACUUAAUUAACAAAUCAAACUGCAACCAAAACAAACUAGAAUGAAAGAGAAUACCUUGAGCUCUCUAACUCCCUACUCGUUACAGUAACAAGUCACGUCACUCAGCAUCGGCACGAGUCAACACAAGAUUGAGCGACGUCAUAUCCGUCUCAGAUUACUAUUUCCUACAAAUUAUAACUUUAGGUUAAAGUUAAAUUACCAAUUUGUCACAUAAUUAGGCUAGAUCGUAUUUUUAUUAUGUACAAAAUUAGUACUUUAUAGCAGAAAAAAAAUCAGUUUUGUAUAACUUGUAAGUGCGAAUGUCGAAUUCAUUUGUAACCCUCUCAAAGCACGAUCCUAUAGAAAGAGUAAAAUAGAGGUAAAAAGGAAUGUCCACCGGUCCAUAUAACGUCGGUCGAGGGAACCGAGGUAUACCUCGAGAUAUAUGGAGAAGAUAAAAUGAUGUAUAAAUAAACAUUUGGUAAAAUAAUUGACUUAAUGAAAGUAUGUUUUUUAUAACUCUUCUAGGGCAAAAUGUUAGCCGGUGUACCAAAGCGGUGGAGUAAUAUUUGAGGCUGUAUUAUUACUAACUAGCUUAACAAACAAGAAAACAAAGCAACAAACCAAUCACAAGUCUUCAAAAAAUAUCGUAAAACUCAGGCUGUAUAGUCAACGAUCGUAGUUUGUGUCCGUUGUGGACAAAUUAAAGAUGAACUAAAAUAUGUCGUAAAACGUAGCAAACUUUUUUUGUUAAAGUAAUGAUUUAAUUAUUAAAGUAUAAUUGUCAAGAUUUUUUUAGAUAUAAGCAAAUUUCCGGGUGGUGAGCAUUUUCUUUUGAAACUUGCACUAGCGAGACAAAACAUUCUUACAGAAGAGCCUUGUUGAUCCUUAAUAAAUACGCACACACACACACACGCACACACACAGUUAGUGAUUAAGGAUAGUUAUAAGUUCACGGCUGCUUGACAAAUCACAAUAAAUCAUUGUGAUCCCAAUGUUAGAUUUAUAAAAGCAGUAUACUACUAGCUCUCUAGCUACAUGUAUCAAGGUAUUUUUCUAUAUAUCUCUUUCACCUGAAAUAAUAUUGAUUUGUAUGCAUAAUACGUCACAUUUUUGUAUAAUAAAAACUAUUAUCAUCUGUAAUAAUAUAAGCAGGUAUCAUUCUGACACGUCUGUGCCGCUAUAUAAUGAUUUUACAGAAGCGGAAACAAACUAUUCUUAUCUCGGCUAGCUACGCUCCGCAUUCUUUAACAAUGGUAAUUUGCAAGUGUUUAACAUUACUUCUGUUGGUUUACAGAAUCGAGGCGAAACUAACGGUUACCAACGAUCGCUACUAUCCAAGAUAUCAUUUAGCACCACCCGCUGGCUGGAUGAACGAUCCUAAUGGCUUUUCAGUUUACAGAGGCGAGUAUCACGUUUUCUAUCAGCAUAAUCCUAAUUCAUCAUUCGUGACUGGUACAGCUCAUUGGGGACACGCGAAGAGCAAAGAUUUACUCACCUGGAAGCACCUACCGAUUGCUAUGUAUCCGAACAAUACAUAUGACGCAAACGGUGUAUUUUCAGGUUGUGCUCUGAUAGAAGAUGAUGUGAUGUAUUUAUAUUAUACGGCGCAUAAGACCUAUCCUGGUCAAGCACCUUCCCAAAUAGAACGUCAAGCUCUUGCAGUUUCUACAGAUGGAGUUAAUGUGGUAAAAUAUGAAAAUAAUCCAAUAUUACUAGCAGACGAUCGUCAACCGGAUAUCAGAGAUCCGAAAGUUUGGAAACACGGUAGCACAUAUUACAUGGUUCUAGGUAAUAAAUUUCAAGUAGACGGUGCUGAUCGCGGCCGAGUGCUUUUAUAUUCAUCGCAGGACAAGUACAAUUGGACAGAAGUCGCCAUUAUCGGUGAAUCCGAUGGAAAGCUCGGUUACAUGUGGGAAUGUCCUGAUUUCUUUCAGCUAAAUGGUCGAUUCAUCCUUUUAUUUUCUCCACAAGGAGUCCAACCCGAAGGAGAUAAGUACAAGAAUCUUUACCAAACAGGUUACAUUGUUGGAGACUUUGAUUAUGACACACUAGUUUUCAAACCCUUAACAGAGUUUCAGGAAUUGGAUCACGGACACGAUAUUUAUGCAACGCAGACUAUCCUAGAUAAUCUAGGAAGGAGAAUAGUCAUAGCGUGGUUCGAUAUGUGGGAAAAUAAUUACCCCGAACAGGGUGAUGGUUUUAAUGGACAAAUAACGAUACCGAGAAUUUUAACUCUAACAAAAGACUUGCAUAUUAACCAAAGACCUGUACCGGAAAUCAGAGCAGCCAGGACUAAUAUCGUUCGUACCGGAUCAGCUGGGGGUUGCGCCACUGCUACAUUGAAGAAUAAAGCUGGUGAAGUUAAUAUAAGGGCUUCCGUAUCAAAGGAUUUAGAACUGUUCAUCGAGGGAACGAACGUGACCCUACUAAUUUAUUAUAGCGCGUCCUGUGGUCAAAUAUCACUAGAUCGUGCGGGUGAUCUGCGUCGAACAGAAUGGCAACCAAUUAAUGUACUUAUUCUCAAUAUUUUCAUCGAUGCUAGUUCUAUUGAGGUAUUUUGUGGCGACGGUGAAGUAACAAUGUCCAGUAGGUACUUCACAGAUGGAGAUGUGACGAUACGUCUUGGAGAUAAUAGCGAAGUUGAUCAGUUCCGAGUGAUAAACAUGAAAUCCACGGUGCCAAUAAAUUAGAAUAUGGAUUCUACAGCACAUUCUAUAAAUUUUUAAUAAUGUUUUGUAUUUUAUUAUAUUGUUAAAAUUUUUAAAAAAAGAAGUAAUAAAUAAAUAAGAGAAAAAAUCA